AUGUCUGCUAUCAAGAAGGUCGCGGUUGUUGGAGCUUCCGGAAACCUGGGUCCGAAGGUUGUUGAAGGAUUGCUCGAAGGCGGUUUUGAAGUAACGGCGAUCAGCAGAAAAGAAUCUUCUGCCACUUUCCCACCCGGAGUCAACGUUAAGAAGGUUGACCUUAGUUCGCUUGAGUCUCUUACGGGGGCCUUCAAGGGUCAUGACGCCGUUGUCUCCACAGCUGCUACGGCGGCAGCAGGUGGCCAGCAAUUACUUAUUGAUGCUGCUGUUGCGGCACAGGUCAAGCGCUUCAUUCCUUCCGAAUUCGGAAUACACACUCGUGAUGCCCGCGGAACCAAAAUCGGGGGUCUCUUAGCACCCAAGAUCCAGAACACCGACUAUCUGAUCGAGCUUUCCAAGAAGCACGACUGGUUCAGCUGGACUGGAAUCGCAGUUGGUCCCUUUUUUGACUGGAGCUUCGGCAACGGCUUGCUGGGACUCGAUGUCAAGAAUAAGACCGCAACAAUCUUUGACUCUGGCAACGAGCCAUUCUCCCCCUCCUCCCUAGCCUUCAUCGGCAAGUCUGUUGCUGGGAUGCUCAAAAACCCAGAAGCAACAGCCAACAAGUACAUCACAACAGCGUCAUUCACAACUUCCCAGCGUGAGCUGUUGAAAAUUGUGGAAGAGGAAACCGGAUCCACCUUUACCGUCAAGAACGUCAAGACUUCUGACUUGGAGAAGAUUGCCGAUGAGAAGUUGGCAAAGGGAGACUUCAGCGCUUUUGUUCAACUUCUUCAGCAGUAUGUGUUUGGAGAUGGAAAUGGACAUGCUGCGAGGGAAAAUGCUGCGGUGACUCUCUUGGGGCUGCAAGAGGAGGAUCUGAAGGCGGAGACCAAGAAGGCUCUAGCAGCGCUCAAUUAG